AUACCAUGAAUCAUUUGUAAGUAAUUUCUGGCAUUAUAACCUUUUGUUUUCAAAGUGCUACACGGUCCAGGGGCACAGAUGAUGGUGGCUGUCAAAUUAUUUAUUUUGAAGAAGGUUUCAUGUUAUAGACCGACAACCAUUCCAUAAACACAAGCUAAAAGCUGCUGUAAAUGGAGCUGGUUUUUCCUGUUCUCUAUAGUACGUCAUGCAUUAGAGAAUGUGGAACAAAAUUCCCACAGAAUGCUUUUCAGUUUGACGGUACCAGAGUUAUCCGACAGCAUUGGUGUCAGACAAUGUCAGUCCUUUUUUUGUAUUUGCAACAUGGCUUCUUCGUUCUGUCUCUACAUGCUAGGAGUAACUCUGAUUUCUGGGAGGUUGGUACUCUGCGAUGUUACACCGUCACUUUUUGAAGCUUAUUUACCUGGAGAUAUUGUCCUCGGGAUUCUGAGCUCAAUUCACUCUACGUUUACAGUGUUUAAUGCCUCAAAUCGUCCGUACACACCAUGUGAAGACUUUAAUUCAAUAUCUUUUGUACAAUCUUUGGCAAUAAUCCAAACCAUUGAAACUAUCAAUAACUCAAGCUUUCUGCCUGGAAUUCAGCUUGGAUAUCUGAUGUGUGAUCCAUGUGUGUGUGCGUCGAAAGCCUUGCAUUGUGUGGAGCACAUGCUUGCAGUUAAUGGGUCACUUCCUGUUCUCAUUGACUACUCAAAUUUCAGUUCACCUGUCAAGGCAUUUUUGGGAGAAAGAUACUCUGAAUUAUCCAUUCCUGUUGCCAAACUGCUUAGUCUCUACAUGAUUCCUCAGAUCAGUUGCACAGCUUCAGCACCCAUUCUAAGUGACAAGCUGCGUUACCCAUCAUUCUUUCGAGUCAUUCCAAGUGAUAUAUAUCAGACACAGGCACUGGCAAAGCUCAUGAGGCAUUUUUCCUGGGACUGGGUUGGGGUGGUGACCCUGGAUGAUGACUACGGCAAUGCAGCACUCGAGAAUUUUCUACUGGCUGCAGAGAAAGUAAAUGUGUGUGUGGAGUUCCAAGAAGUGUUACCAACCAUUGAUAUAUCUGAGCAGAGCAUUAAGAAGGUGGGUGAUCGCAUUCGAUCCUCUAGUGCCCAGGUUGUGUUGCUCAUUUUAAGAGUUCAACUGGUGGAGAUGCUCUUUAAAGAGAUGAUUAAGACGAACACUAGUCGUACCUGGAUAGCCAGUGAUGCCUGGUCUAUGGCAGGCUCCUUAAUGACGAUGGAAGACAUAAACAAAGUAGGAGACAUCUUAGGUUUUACAUUUGUCACUGGUGAGAUUCCAGGUUUUAAAGACUAUCUCCAGAACCUGAAGCCAAGCCCAGGAGCAUGGAAUAACUUCAUCAGGGAGUACAAACAAAAGAGUUUCGGCUGCAUUCCCGGUCAAAAUUCUGAGAACACACAUGAAUCUGCUUGCAAGACUAACCCCCAGGAGAUGAAUUAUGUCUCCCUGCUCAAUUCUGUGGACCUCACAGCUACAUAUAAUCAGAGAGUUGCAGUCUACGCCAUAGCUCAUGCUAUCAAAAAAAUUCUUGAAUGCAACAACACUGCCUGUCCUGGAGAUGUCAACUUUCCACUAGAGAAGGUAAAAUCAUGCCUGGGGAUGAGCUUUUACAAUGAAAUACUGAGUGAUAUGAAAUCCAGAAAAUUCCUCAUAAGCAAGAAAGAUGUGGAAGUCUAUGAGCACAAAAUCCUGUGGUCCAUCAACACGGUGCCCUGGUCUAGGUGUUCAGAGACUUGUCUCCCUGGCACAGAGAAGAAGAGUGUGUUAAAUAUUCCAUGUUGCUAUAAGUGCAUUAAUUGUAGUGAAGGAUACUUUUCUAACACAACAGAUCAAGACACUUGUCAAAAAUGUCCAAAUGGUUCUUCUUCUCUUCCGGGUUCAUCAGAAUGUCAGGAGUGGAAGGUUGGGUAUUUGAAGUGGUCUGACGCAUAUUCCAUCGCGGUGAUGAUUGGUACAGGAGUCGGCAUACUGCUGCUGAUCUUCUCAUUCAUCUUUUUCAUUUUACACAGAGACAAUCCCAUCAUCAAAGACACUUUAAUAUAUUCUUGUAUUAUGAAAUUCGGUCUUAUUGUGAGUUUUGGAGGUGUCGUCAUGUUUUUAGGCAGGCCAUAUCUGCAUCAUUGCAUGGCACAACAGGCCAUGUAUGGUCUUGGAUUUACGCUGUGUGUGUCCUGCAUUCUGAUGAAGGCUUUUCGCACCUUCAUAUCCUAUGUGGCCCAUGAUCCACACACACAGCACAAGUUGCUUAUGAUUAAUAAGCCGAUUGUCAUCAUAGGCAUCUUUACUGCUAUUCAGGGUCUCAUUUGCAUCUUCUGGUUUGUAUUAGAUUGCCCAGCUGUUGAGAAGGUUGAAUUAAAAUCUCAACUUACCAUGAACCAUCUGUGCACCCAAGGUGCAUCCAGGAUCUGCUUUUGGGUGAUGCAUGCAUACAUCGCAGUUCUAGCCACGGUGUGUUUCCUGUUGGCCUUCAAAGGCAGAGAUGAUGAGACAGACCCUAUUGUCUUCAGCAUGCUCAUCCAUCUGUUUGCUUGGCUUUGCUUUAUUCCGGUCUUUCUCACGCAGUAUGAACAGCGACCCAUUACCCAGAUCUCAGCCAUCAUGGUCUCCAAUUAUGGAGUCAUCUUCUGUCACUUCACCCCAAAGUGGUUUAAGAUUAUCUCAGAAAAAGUUGAAUACAACAAUGCAUUGAAAGUCAUGGACAGCCAGUCAACAGAAACAGUUUCACAGUCAGCAAUAGGUUCUGUUUCCUCAUGGGUUUCAGAGGAUUCUUUACCAUUACCAAGCCCCAUGUCUUCAACACUAUCAGACACUGCAGAUGUUGAAAUACCCGGUGAGGAUAAUCAACGAAAUAUAGGUAGCUCAGAGGACUCAAUAACGACACCAAGCACAACGUCAUCAGAACAGCUGACUGUCGCAGACGAUGAAAUGUUGGAUUUGGGUAAUGUAGGGAAUACAGAUAGCUCAGAGGACUCAAUACCAAGAACAUUAUCAACACUUUCAAGCACUCAAGACAAUGACAUGUCCUCUUGGGAUAAUGAACUGAGUAUAUGUGGCUCAGAGCACACAAUAACAAUAUCAAGCACAUCAUCAGACCAGCUCUCUAUUGCGGACGAUAAAAUGUCAGAUUUGGAUAAUGUACCGAAUACAGAUAGCUCAGAGGACCCAAUACCAACAUCAAGCACAAUAUCAACACUAUCAAGCACUAGAGACAUUGACAUGUCCUGUUGGGAUAAUAGACUAAAUAGAGACACCUCAGAGGACACUACAAUUACAACAAUAACAAAUACAGCACAGUUCACUACUGCAGACACUGAAAUGCCAAACUGGUAUCACAGACAGAAUACUGUUUCCAUUAGACGUCGGAGAACGAGGAGUUUCUAACCCACUUCAUGGGAGUUGUUCAACAAAAGAGUCAUGUAUAUACAAAAAGAAUAAUCUAAUCCUGCAUUUUAUCAGAGGCCUUUUCUACUUUAAAGAGAAAAUCCAUCAUUAAUAAUUUGCAUAUUAGUCUGUGGGUUCUGGGUUCCUACAUCACCCACAUUGCUGUUUGACUACCUGCUGAUAGUGGUGCAGUGGGAUUUAGACCUUACUUCAUCUCCACCUAAAGAAAGAGACAUAGCAAUGCUUUCAUUCUUUCAGGCUGAUUUAUAUGUCUGAGAGCAUGGCAGGGUGUUGUGUGUGGAUACUCGCAUAGGGGAACACCAUAAAUGUCGUCAUCAUCACAAAUGGAGAAAACAGAGUACCACAGUGACAUCACCAAGAACAGGACGUCUCUCCAAACUGACAAAAGUGCAAGAAGGAAUCUUAUCAAGGAGCCUCCCAAGAGACCUACAGCAGCAUUAAAGGAGCUGCAGGAAUAGCUGGCAAGUACUGGUCACCCCCUGCAGGUGACAACAAUCUCUUGUAUUCUUCAUAUGUCUGGGCUAUGGAGUAGUGUACCAUGUGGCGAAAAGUGUUAUGGUCUGUUAAAGUAGGUUAUUUUUAUUAUUCUAAAAGAUAUGUUUGGUGCAAAAAACAAGACAGCAUAUCACCCAAGGAACACCAUGCCCAUGGUGAAGCAUGGUGGUGGCAGCAUCCUUCUAUACAGCUGCUUCUCUUAAGCUGGGACUUUUUGUAAGGAAGAGUUGAAGAAAACCGCCAAAUGAAGAUGUGCUACAUUGAUAGACUCUUAACUAAAAACAUUGAAUGCUGUACAACAAGCAAAAGGGGCUUUAACAAAGUGUUAGUUAAAGGGUGUGCAUACUUAUCCAACCAGGUCGUUUUAUGUUUUUCUUUUUUCCCCUAAAACUUUCCUAUUUGUUUUUCACUUGAAUUUUGUCCGUUUCUAAAUCACAUUAAACAAGAAAUUGUUAAUUUAACUAAAAUGAUUGCUGCAAAAUGUGUUUUCACAUUAGAUUUGUUUUACCUUAUUAUUAGAAAUUAGGUCAAAAAAUCUUGGAAUAAAAGAUAACUACUCUAAAAUUUAUGCCAAAGAGCUGACAGUAAGAAAUACUAUUUAACAUAUUGUGAUAAGAAGAAAUAUAUGAAGGUUUCUUCCAUUGUCUCUAUUUUCAAUCAAAUUAAAACAAAUCUAGAAAAAAAGCUGAUUUUUUAAACAAUCAUAUUUCUUGUUUUCCUUGACCACAAUGAUAU